AUGAAAUAGUAGUAAGGAGUUGUUGUUGUUUAACCUAAAUACUAUGCCACCUUCAAUCAGACUCAACCACCAUCUUAUUGGGAUUAUGAGAAUGCUAAAAUUGAAUAUGGGUACAAUUUAAUUCUUAUACAUCAGAUCAGAAGAACCUUACGAAGCAAUUUGUAAAAUUGGAAGAGGCAAAUAUUCUGAAGUCUUCGAAGGUGUUGAUAAUAGGAAUGGAACCAAAGUAGUUCUUAAGGUUCUCAAGCCUGUCAAAAAAAGAAAAAUACGCAGAGAAAUCCGUAUUCUUUAAGUUUUGAAAGGCGGCACUAACAUUAUUGAUCUUUGCGAUGUGGUUAGAGAUGAAAAUUUAAAAAUCCCGACUUUAGUAAAAGAAUCAAGUUAACAUAGAUCUUCCCUUAUAUGGAGAAUACUGAUUUUAGAAGCAUGUUCCCUAAAUUAACAGAUAAUGAUAUCAAGCAUUAUUUAUUUGAAUUGUUAAAAGUAAACUAAAACUUAAAAUAGGCUUUAGAUUAUGCUCAUUAAAGAGGUAUAUUUCAUAGAGAUGUGAAACCAUAAAAUAUUAUUGUCGAUCCAAAAACUAGAACCUUGAAACUUAUAGACUGGGGAUUGGCAGAGUUUUAUCAUCCCUCACAAGAUUAUAAUGUUAGAGUGGCCUCACGAUAUUUUAAAGGGCCAGAAUUAUUGGUGGACUACGUUUAUUAUGAUUAUUCGUUGGAUAUAUGGAGUACUGGUGCAAUGUUUGCAUCAAUGGUAUAUUGACAUAGUGAAUUUUAGAUUUUUAAAAAGGAACCGUUCUUCCAAGGGAAUGAUAAUUAUGAUCAAUUAGUAAAGAUUGCUAAGGUCUUAGGAACAGAUGGAUUAAAAUAAUAUAUAAAAAAAUACAAUAUCAAGUUGGAUAAUGCAUACAAUGGACUCUUACUUAAGUAUUAAUUAAUAAUAUUAAUUUGUUAUCCAAAAUAAGAUUGGCUGUCCUUUGUUAAUCAAGACAAUGCUCCUUUGUGUAGUUUGGAUGCCAUUGAUUUGUUGUCCAAAAUGUUACUGUAUGAUCAUGCCGAAAGAAUCACUCCAAAAGAUGCCAUGUUACAUCAAUAUUUUGCAGAAUUAAAACAAAAUUGA